AUGUCAUCAUUUCAAGAGAAUACCUCUCAAGAUGAGAACUACUUUGGACAGGUUAGGUUGAAGGAUGAUGGUGUAGACUUUAACGACUCUACCAAUAUAGUGGCCAUGAAGAAUAUACACAAGACAUAUCUACUUGGUAUUGAAGGUGUACCUGCAUUGAGAGGUGUAACAAUGACUAUUAAGAGAGGAGAGUUUGUUUGUAUCUUUGGUACAUCUGGUGGUGGAAAGACAACUAUGCUCAACUUGAUUGGAACAAUUGAUAAGCCAACCAAGGGUGAUAUGAGGCUCUGUGGAAAGGUGAUCAAUCAUAAGACAACAGACAAGGACUUGGCAUACAUUCGUCUAAAGAAUAUUGGAUUCGUAUUCCAAACAUUCAACUUGUUGUCAUCAUUGACAGCAUUGGAGAAUGUUGAGAUGCCAAUGAUAUUGUUGGGCGAGUUGUCUGCCCAGGAGAGAAGAGAAAGAGCAAUCUCAUUGUUGACAAAGGUUGGCAUGAAGGAUCGUCUGGACCAUGUACCAUCGCAGUUGUCCGGAGGAGAACAACAACGUGUAACCAUCGCAAGAGCUAUGGCCAAUAACCCUGAUAUCCUAUUGCUUGAUGAGCCAACUGGAGACUUGGAUACAGUGAACACAUCAAUCGUUAUGAAGUUGUUGACUGACUUGAACAGAGAUGAGAAUAUCACUUUGGUCAUGGUCACUCAUGACGUUGGACUAAAGGCAUACGCAGACAGAGUGAUAUGGAUGCGUGAUGGCAAGAUUCAAAGGAUCGAGACAGUGUCACUGGAUCUCAAGAAGGACAGCUUCUCAAGAUUGCACAAGGAGAUCGAACUGAUAAAUCGUAAUCAAAAGGGUGGCGUCACCAGUGUAAUCACAUCAGAAGUUGGCGUCAAGAAGGUCACUGAGAUGAGGAAGCCUACAGACUACAAAUCAAUUGCUUCCUAUUCACAUCCGGCAGCGGCCAAUGUUGUACCUUUGACCACAACAUCGGCAAUCAACACUAAUCUGGCAGCAGCAACAGCAGCAACCACAAUGUCUCAAACAUCAUCAUCACUGGGCAGAUCAAAUAAUCAACAACAGGUGUUGUUUAACCUGGAGGACGAUGACUAUGGAGAUCAACAAGCUUCGUCAUCAUCAUCAUCGACCUACAACAACAGCAACUAUCAACAUGGACUGUCACCACACAUGGAUAACAAUGUUGUCAACAACAACAAUGCAUUCAGAUACAGUAGUGGCUCAAUCAAUGUAAAUGGUAAUGGCAAUGUCAAUGGCAACAACAACAACAACAACAAUGAUGUGUAUUUGAAUAUUGAAUCACCACCUUUCAUCAAUGGCAACAACAACAACAACUCAAUCGAUAGUCUUGCAAACGACAUUGAGAGGAUACUCUAA